CAGCACGCAUUCAGUCGUUCUCUGGACAGCAGUGUCUACAGGCUGUUCCAUCCAACGUUGAUUCUGCGCUGCGGGGUUUCAGCUGAACAAGGGAGGAAAAAUCAGACAGAAGGUCGUGCGCCUGUAGAUUUGGAUGAGUCAAGUACCUGUUCUCAUGGAUUAUCCCUUCAACAAAUAGCACUAAGAACAUCGUUAUCAUUUCUCGUUAGUGUUGUUCGUGUGAUUCUUGAGCACGUAGAACGCAAAGUAAACAUCAAUGUCAGCGUAAUGUAUGAUAGUAAUGACCAUUGUCGUUGUAUUGAAACGAUAUGCAGAAAGUUGUGAAGUAAACGAAUGAAAGUGUAGAUAAUCGAAAACGAAAUUGUUACGUUCAUACAGUACAAUAUAAAGAUAAUAAUUUCUGGUGAAAAAAGUAGAUUAAAAGGCAAAACCAUGUCGGAAGUGAACGAAGGCAGUUGUAGUGUUACUAAUAAUUUACUCGAUGACAAUAGGAAAAAUGGCGCCGUUCGAGUGCAGAUUGUGCCGUCGCAACCAAAAACACUAUCCCAUCUGCCGACGCGACCCGCUGUGGAUCUGGCCUUUCACAAUCUUACAUACCGGGUCAAGGAAGGAAGACGCAACAAUGUGAAAACCAUUCUGAAAGAGGUCAGCGGCAGGCUCCGGUCGGGCGAGCUGACGGCCAUUAUGGGACCUUCUGGCGCAGGAAAAAGUACGCUGUUGAAUAUUCUCACCGGCUACAAAACAACAAACAUCGAAGGAUCAAUCACGAUGAAUGGAAAGGAACGUAACCUCAGCCAGUUCCGCAAACUGUCGGCCUACAUCAUGCAGGACAACCAGUUACAUGCCAAUUUGACCGUGGAGGAAGCGAUGCACGUGGCCACCAGUCUAAAAUUGAGUCAGAAAGUUGAGAAGAGCGAGAAAUUGCAUGUGAUCAAAGAAAUCCUGGACACACUGGGACUGGAGGAACACCGCACUACUCUGACGCGAAAUCUCUCCGGUGGUCAACAGAAGCGUCUGUCGAUCGCCCUUGAGCUGGUCAACAAUCCACCGAUCAUGUUCUUUGACGAACCUACGUCCGGUUUGGACAGCUCGACAUGUUUCCAGUGCGUUAGCUUGCUCAAAUUCCUUGCACGGGGAGGUCGUACGAUCAUAUGUACGAUCCAUCAGCCCUCGGCACGUCUAUUCGAAAUGUUCGACCAACUGUACACGCUUGCCGAUGGACAGUGCGUCUAUCAAGGCAACACGAAACAACUUGUGCCGUUCCUGGGAACACUAGACUUAGAAUGUCCGUCCUACCAUAAUCCGGCCAGUUACAUAAUUGAGGUAGCUUGCGGAGAGCAUGGCGAUCAUACGCGUAAGCUGGUGAAUGCCAUCGACAAUGGUAAGCGGGACAUCCGCGGAGAGAACGACUUCCCUGCUGCGAAGAACAAGAAGAAUGAAAAUGGGAACGUGAAUGCAAAUUUAAAAUCAAACUAUGACAAACUGAAUGGAAACAGCAACAAGUAUGCCGAUAAUUUGAAUGUCGGCGGAAAAGGACUUUUGCCUUCAUCGAUGGUGAAUGACAUUGCAAAGGAAACCACCACCGAGACGGUGAAAAUCAACGUUGAACCGGAAAAGGAACCAGAAGUGAACACCGCACUCUUGCCUGUCGAUGGACAAAUCGAUGCCGGUCAAUCGCCGGAACGAUAUCCCACCUCGGAGUUCCAUCAGUUCUGGGUAGUGCUGAAACGGACAUUACUGUUUAGUAGGCGUGAUUGGACUCUUAUGUAUCUUCGUCUGUUUGCUCACAUUUUGGUCGGUUUCCUGAUUGGCGCCCUGUACUACGAUAUCGGCAAUGACGGCGCGAAAGUACUCAGUAACUUGGGAUUCUUGUUCUUCAAUAUGCUGUUCCUGAUGUACACCUCCAUGACGAUUACAAUUCUAUCAUUCCCGCUUGAAAUGCCUGUUUUAUUGAAGGAAAACUUCAAUCGUUGGUACUCAUUGAGAUCGUACUAUUUGGCUAUAACUGUUUCGGACAUUCCAUUCCAGGCGAUAUUCUGCGUUUUCUACGUAUCGAUUGUGUAUUAUUUCACAUCGCAACCGUUGGAGUGGUUCCGCUUUUCGAUGUUCCUGGGAUCUUGUUUGUUGAUUUCGUUCGUCGCACAGAGCGUAGGACUGGUCGUUGGUGCUGCUAUGAAUGUACAAAACGGUGUUUUUCUUGCCCCUGUCAUGUCUGUACCGUUCUUACUGUUCUCCGGAUUCUUCGUUUCGUUUGACGCUAUUCCGAUUUAUCUUCGAUGGAUCACCUAUCUGUCGUACAUCCGAUAUGGAUUCGAAGGCACUGCCCUGGCCACCUACGCAUACGGCCGUGAAAAGCUCAAGUGCCACCAAGUAUACUGUCACUUUAAAUCACCUUCAACUACGCUGGAAGAACUGGAUAUGUUGGACGCCAACUUUACGCUGGACAUUGUCGCUUUGGUAGUCAUCUUCGUAGUACUGAGAGUCGCCGCAUUCCUGUUUCUACGAUGGAAGCUCAAAACCACAAGAUAAAAAGUUUUUUUUUGACGACUUCAAAAUAUUCUAAAGUACGAUAUACAAAGUUAUUACUCGAGAAUAGUUUUAUCUUUACAAUUAAGCGGGUAUCACUUUACAGACCGUAAUUCAUAGAAAUAUUGAGGCCGAAUUAAGGGAACACUUUUUGUAUUAGAAUACAGAUCAGAUAAAAGUAGAAUAGCUUUACGCUUUGCCGACAUAAUAUUAUUAAAAGUCAAUAAUAGAAGAUUUAUCAACAAGCAACGAAUGAGUGAGGCUGUGCUAAAUGAAGUAGUUGGCCGUAAAAAAGCAAUAACACACUGCGUUUGCGUUGUCAUUAUUUAAUUCAAAACCCCUUCUACCAACUAACAAUUAGCGGGAAUACGGAUUUGUAUACAAGGUAGAAUUAAAAUUUAUAAACAUUCAGGAAAAUGUAAUGUUUUGGACAAUUUUACAACCAGUUGUAACUGUUUACGGAGCAAUCCAAUUGUGAUAAUUUUCAAUUUGAAGAAAUAUAAAUAUGGUUAUUAAAUCAAA